AUGGCAUUGUGCGCACUUCAUUUGCAGCUCCGGUAUAGAGAGAAGAGCGAUGGAUUGGUAACUUGCCGUGAUGCUGAAGUUCCGGGUUCUGUUGUGGUUAGACCGGACAGGAAGCUUGACCAUGGCUGGAUGGUUUACUCUUCGAAGAAGAAGGAUCCUAACAACCCUGAUUCCUUCCAAAUGUGCGAGGCUCUAUUGACCAUGCUUGUGGAGCUUGGCAAGAGCAAACAGCAGGGGAAGGCAGUAACCUGA